UUUUCAAUAUUGCUUCUUGGCCCCAUCGACUUAUAAACACACUUUAGUCUUUCAGUUAAAAGUCAAAAUUCGUAGGCUUAUUUAUGUUGUGAAAAGUGAAAACUGUGAAAAGAGGCACAACAGUUAAUUUUCCAAUGCCCCGCAAGCCGAGGCAGCGUGUCGGGAACGAGGUCAAAGCACACAAUUCGAGCAGAGCAGCAGCGAGCGGAGGACAGGGACCUCAGCAUCGAUUUUUUUGCACCCUUUUUUGUGCUUAAUUUCGCAUCGAAUUUUAGCACACAAAGAGACGUCGCGCAGGUAGCACGCAACCCGAAGAAGAGAUCACAGAAACGAAACGAAACGUAGGAAAAAUUUAGUGGAACGUUCAGCCGAAUCGCAGAAUGAGCGGCGGCAGUGGGGAGGAACGCGAACAGCCACGGCAAACUUCGCCGUUGCCUGGCGUCUCAAGCAGCGCAUCGACAUCUGCCUCGACGGGGCCCGGUGGGCGGGCCACACCGGAGAUGAAACGCUCGGCAGUGCGCAGCCUCAUUCAGCGUUAUUUCCACCAGUUGCAGUCCGGCUGCGGCAAUGCGGCCUGCACCAAUGAUAACUGUGCAUCCAGCGGCAAGGUGGCACCCAUGACGCCCAACGAGGUGGCAGCACGGGCACUACAGUUAUUCUCACAGGACGCACAGCUGUGCGAGAGCCUGGGACAAGCGGAGGCGGAAGCGUCACACUCGGUGGCUCCCGUGUCUGUCAUCAGCACUCUCGAUAUCGACAUGCUCUCACCCAACGACAGCAGCAGCAGCAGCAACAGUAGCAGCAGCAGUAGCAACAGCUCCACUAGCACCAUUACCUCCGCCAGCACCACAACAACAACCAGCACACAAUCGCAGAGCGUGCCGGCCCCCAAAUCGGUUUCAGUUCCCGGUCCAAGUGCAAGUUCAAGCGCGAGAGCUACGCCACCUGCAGCCGCACCCAUCACAUCCUCCGCCUCCUCGUCUGGCGCGUGCACAACAAAUCUGUCGGAAGUCAAGUCGCUGGAGGCCAGCUGUCUGAUAUCGCUGUACGAGGAGUGCGUCAAAAAGGACAGCUACGACAAGCUCUAUCAGGCCGUGGGGGAUGUCUUCUCGUGCGUGGAACGACUCAGCAGAAGCUUUGUGCGUACUCCCGACACAGAGGAAGAGGAGGAGCCGCCAGCAGCUAGCCAGCCGCUAUUCCCAGCCAAGCCUGCGGAGCCCCUAAACAAGGAGCAGCUGCGCACACUGGAGGGCGAGCACGACAAGGAUGAGGACAGCACACAGCAGGCGGGCGCAGUGGCAAAUACAGACACAGCAGCAGCCGCAGCGGUGGAGCCAGACCUGGAAAAUGACGAUGAUGCCGGGCCGGAGGAUGUCGACGAUGAGGAUGUGCCCAUGGAGCCAGCACCCAAAUGUGAGUCCAAAGCUGAGCCGCUGGAUCCGUCGAUGAGCAGCGACACGCUGGUGGAUUUUGAUGGACUGCGACGUGUGCAGCGGCUGCUGUUUGCCUCCAAAUCGCGCACAGUCACGGACAAGCUGACCAGCAGCGUCAUCCAACUGGCCGACUGGAUACACUACAUGCGGCGCUACACACCAGACUGGGAGAAGGUUGUCCAUUGUUUGGUUAUUUGCUUUGAUUUGGCCACGAACACCAACAACAUGGACUAUCUGGAUCGUGUGCUGCCCAAGCUGUGUCUUGCCGCCGCCUCCAUGUCUGUCAAGGCUCAGGCGCGCUUGGCACGCAUUUGGGCAGCGCAUUGCUCGGAUCAGCUGCAAACGUUGGUUUCCUCCUGCCAGCAGCAAAUCACGCUGCAGGUGCUGCUGGACGAGGAAUCGGUGCGCGAGAAUGAGCACAUUAAAUGCGUGACCAAAGUGCUGAAGAUUGUUUUCUAUGCCAACAUUUUGGCCAGCGAACUGGAGCGUCCCUCGUGCCGUGUCUCAGCGGAUGAGCUGGCGGAGAGUGCCGCCAGCACUUCAGCGGAUGGUGUGCCCCCGGAGGAGGAUCUCUUUCUGUACAAUCAGGUAAUGCAUCCGCAUAUGCCCAAGUUCGCGGAGGAUCAAAUGGAGAAGGCACUCAAGGUCUCCGCCAUCGAUUGCCGCAAGCCGCUGGUGCCGCUCGAGGAGUUCUACAAUGAGGCGCUCAGCGAGAAUAUACAAAUGCAUCACGACUACCUCUCGUACAAGUCGCUGGCCAUGGAGAGCGAGGUGGGCUCCAGUCACAGCACUUACUUCUCCUUCAUGCUGUACGCGUUUAUACUGACGCCCGCGACCAAGGUGGAUGCGCUGUACUACGACAGUCGCAUGCGCAUGUACAGCGAACGCUACUCCACGCUCUAUUCGAUCAUCAAUAACUUUGGCCAGGACGGGCAGGAUGCCCAGCAUCGGCCGGAUCUCAAGCUGACAGUGCGACGUGAUCAGCUCAUCAAUGAUGCGCUUGUGGGGCUGGAACUGGUUGCCAUGAGCAAUCCCAAGGAUCUCAAGAAGCAGCUUGUUGUGGAGUUUGUCGGUGAGCAGGGCAUCGACGAGGGCGGCGUAUCCAAAGAGUUCUUUCAACUGAUUGUUGAGGAAAUAUUUAAUCCAGCUUUUGGCAUGUUUGUGCAGCAAGAGGAGACCAAUAAUAUGUGGUUCAAUGCCACACCCUUCGAGAAUGGCGCGCAAUUCACGCUCAUUGGCAUCAUCAUUGGACUGGCAAUUUACAACAACGUCAUUCUGGCUGUGAACUUCCCCAUGGUCGUGUAUCGCAAGCUCUUGGGCUAUCGCGGCACUUUCUGUGAUCUGCGCGACUACAGUCCCACGCUGUACACGAGCCUCAAGUCCAUGCUGGACUUUGAGGGGCAGAACAUGGAGGAGGCUUUCGAUCAGACCUUUAAGAUCAGCUACAGCAAUGUCUUCGGGGAGAUGGUGGAGCAUGAGCUGGUGCCGCAAGGCCAGGAGGUGCUUGUGGGGCAGCACAACAAGCAGCUUUUUGUGGACCUCUACGCGGAUUUUCUGCUCAACAAGAACAUACAGCAGCAGUUUAAUUCCUUCCGCAAGGGCUUCGAAAUGGUCACCGAUGAGUCGCCGCUGAAGCUGCUCUUCCGUCCCGAGGAGAUCGAGAUGCUGGUCUGCGGCAGUCGCGAAUUCGACUUUGUGGAGCUGGAACACUCCACGGAGUACGAUAGCGGCUACACGGAAGAGACGCAAAUAAUUCAAGACUUUUGGAAAAUUGUGCACGCCAUGCCGAAUGAGUCGAAGCGCAAGCUUCUCGAAUUUACCACAGGAUCGGCGCGUGUGCCCGUCGGUGGACUCAAGUGUUUGCGUCUGUUGAUCACGCGGCAUGGGCCGGACAGCGAUCGGCUGCCCACAUCGCACACCUGCUUCAAUGUGCUGCUCCUGCCGGAGUACAGCAGCAAGGAGAAGCUGGAGGAGCGCCUGCUGAAGGCAAUCAACUACUCGAAGGGCUUCGGCAUGCUGUAGGCAGUGGGACCACAGGACAGUCUGGGAACCAAUUGCAUCGUAACUGAUACCACCUCUCUAGGAUCGAAGGAACGAAGGACGAUGACGAUGGAUGAUUAUUUUGGGUUAAUGUUUAUAUUUUUAGUUUGGGUUAUGCCAUUUAUUUUUGAUACAACUCAAAUGAGACAAUAUACCAUACAUAUAUGCUCAAUUUCUGGCGCGAUGGCAAGCAAACAACAUAAAAAGAAGAAUAAUGAUGAACGGACACGACUUUCACGACUAAACUCUCGAGAAACUCUCUCCACACU